AUUCUCUUUUCUUUCCCCCCUUCCAGCUGUGAGAGCCGAUCGUAUGCGCGGCGGUAGAAAUAAGUUUGGACCCAUGUACAAAAGAGAUCGAGCGCGAAAAUUACAAGUGAUGCGACAACGACAAAUAGCAUUACAGGCCUUACGAACGUCUAUGGGUACAGGGGAAAUUAAACCGACACCUCUAUCGCCCGGCUAUCAGCAGGCCUAUACAAAUAUGAAUAUAAAACAAGAAAUACAAAUACCUCAGGUAUCCUCUCUAACACAAUCACCUGACUCAUCACCCAGCCCCAUAGCUAUUGCCUUAGGUCAGGUUAAUGCCAGCUCUGGUGUGAUAGCGACACCUAUGAAUGGCAGUAGUGGUGCUGGUGGUGGUGGCGGUGGAGGCGGCGGUGGCGGUGGUGGUGGUGGCAAUAAUGGUAAUAACAACAGCAGCAAUACAAGUGAUGGUAUCAACCGCGUUGGUAGUGGCAGUGGUGGUGGCAGUGGUAAUUGCCAUGAAACUGGCACAGGAUCCUUACAAAGUGCCAGCGAUUCAAAAUUGUGCUUCGAUUCGGGCACACAUCCUUCUAGUACCGCCGAUUCCAUAAUAGAACCUCUAAGGGUCUCACCGAUGAUCAGGGAAUUUGUACAGUCAAUAGAUGACAGGGAAUGGCAAACGCAAUUAUUUGCGUUGCUGCAAAAACAAACGUACAAUCAAGUUGAAGUGGAUCUCUUUGAAUUAAUGUGUAAAGUUUUAGAUCAAAAUCUAUUUUCCCAAGUUGAUUGGGCCCGCAAUACUGUGUUCUUUAAAGAUUUGAAGGUGAGUAAUGAUGGUCUAUUCGUGUAA